AUGGCACAGUUUCCAAAGUCACAGAACACAAAUUCGUUUGGGCCAGUACACAUAGUCGAAUCUGUAAUAAAGCAUACGCAUACGGCAAUCCUCCUACAUGGACGAGGCAGCAACGGCCCAGAGUUUGCCCAAGAGCUUUUUAACGAAACUCUAUUCGCUGAUGGAACCAACAUGUCCCAGCAGCUUCCAAACUGGCGAUGGGUUUUUCCGUCUUCGCGUGAAAUCUGGAGUGAGACGUUCCAGGAGGAUAUGCCGGCUUGGUUUGAGGCCUAUUCUUUGACGGAUACAACAGCGAAGCAGGAUCUGCAAAUACCGGGCAUAAAAGAGUCGACUGAAUACAUCAACAAAAUCAUCGACGCAGAAAUUAAAAGCCUUGAUGGAGCAAGUAAUAGAGUCGUGUUGGGCGGAAUUAGUCAAGGAGGAGCGAUAGCGAUGUGGACUCUUCUUCGCUACCGAAUUGAAAAACCACUGGGUGCGUUUUUCGGCACAAACACUUGGCUUCCUUUCGCUUUGAGUCUUCAGGAUUACCUUAGUCAGAGUCCAGCUGUUGAAAAAGAUGAAGGGGACGCAUUCAUGAUUGAUAUGCUUGGUCAGCCAACAUCGCAGAACUCAGAUCUAUCUACACCCAUUUUUCUUGGUCACGGAACAGACGAUGCUUACGUCGAUGUAGAACUGGGACGACAAGCUCGGGAGACCCUCAAUCGCGUUGGCUAUUCGGUAGAGUGGAAAGAGUACAAAGGUGCGGAGUUGGAGGGCCAUUGGAUCAAGGCGCCUGAAGAGCUGGAAGACUUGAUUAAAUUCUUUACAACAAGGUUGGAACCGGCUUGA